AUGGUUCAACCAUUGAUUCAAGAAGUUCGAAGUCAAUCAGUUUUAUUGUCCAAUAAGUAUGACUCAAUUGUUAAAAGAAUCAUUUAUGAUAAUAAUCCAGUCUAUGAUAAAUCUGAUGGAGAAUUUGAUGACGAAGAUGUAAUAGAUGGAGAGUUAUCAAUUGAGUGUUUACCUAAAGAGAUUGAUAUCAAUGAAGAUGAAGAAGAUUCAAGGACGAAUCUUUUCCUAACAGGGGAGAAUGAUGCACUUAUAGUUGACCUCCAACCAUUGAUUCAAGAAGCUCGUAGUCAACUAGAAUUGUGGCCCAAUAAGUAUGAUCCAAUUUUUAGAAGAAAAAUGGAGUAUGAAGAUGAAGAUUGGCUAUGUGUUUCUCUGGAUGACUUUUCUCUUGCUACUGAAAAUGGUAGUAGCAAGGGAAGGAUGAGUAGGAAGAGGAACUAUGAUGAUGAAACAAGAGAGUACAAAUCCAAGAACCUUGAAACUGAGAGGAGGAGGAGGGAAAAACUCAGUAGCAGGCUCUUGAUGUUGCGGUCUUUAGUACCUAUCAUCACAAAUAUGAACAAAGCAACCAUUGUUGAAGAUGCUAUCACCUACGUCAAGAAGCUUCAAGAUAAAGUGCAGAGUCUCAGCCAAGAGCUUCUCCAAUUGGAAGCAACUUCAGAGGAAACUGGGGAGACAAGGAUUGAUGAAACUGAUGCUGCAGAGGAUAUGAAGAAUUGGGGGAUACAGGAAGAGGUUAGGGUGGCACAAAUUGAUGGGAAUAAACUCUGGGUCAAGAUCAUCAUUGAGAAGAAGCGGGGAAGGUUCAAGAGACUUAUGGAGGCCAUGAAUAAUUUCGGCAUUGAGCUCGUGGACAUCAAUCUUACAACCGUAAAAGGAGCAUUUCUGAUUACAAUCUGCAUACAGGAGCUGAAAGGCAAGGAUGAUGAAAGACUUGCAGUUCAUCAAAUCAAGAAUUUGUUGGAAUAUAUUAUCAGUAGCACAUAG